AUGAAACGACAAGAACGACCUACCGACAUCUAUCCAUCCAAUCUCCCCACCCAUCCAUCACUGCCUCUGUGCAUGCAUCCUUCCAUCCAUUCAUACCCGCCUCUGUGCUUGCAGCUAUCUGUUUGUCCCUGCCUCUGUGCCUGCAACUGUCCAUCCAUCCUCACCUCUGUGCCUGCGUCUGUCCAUCCAUCCUCACCUCUGUGCCUGCAUCUGUCCAUCCAUCCUCACCUCUGUGCCUGCAUCUGUCUCCAUCCUCACCUCUGUGCCUGCAUCUGUCCAUCCAUCCCUGCCUCUGUGUAUGCAUCUGUACAUCCAUCCCUGCCUCUGUGCCUCCAUUGUUCCAGCCAUCCCUGACCCUGUGCCUGUAUCUGUGCAUCUGUCCCUGACUCUGUGCAUGCAUCUGUCCAUCCAUCCAUCCCUGACACUGUGCAUGCAUCUGUCCAUCCAUCCAUCCCUGCCUCUGUGCAUGCAUCUGUCAGUCUAUCCAUCCUCCAUCCCUUCUUUUGUAUCAGCUCAUCCGUGUUGAGCGCUCACAACUCCCUCAUCCUAAGACGCUCAUGGGACCUAUUCCCUCCCCCGACUCCACGCCGCUCUCUGCCCUCCCUUCCCAGUCAAGUUCUCCAGCCACAGGUCUCAACUCAAUCCUCACUUCCUCCGCUCUCACACCUAAGCCCACUGCUGCCUAAAUUCUUUCCCAACCCACUGGGCCUACAGGCACUAAAAAGGUCACCUUGCCCCUGGAGGAACAAACACAGGCCCAUGUAG